GGAGAAGCAUUAUUGUUCUAUACGACCUGAAAUUCCAGUUAGCAAGGAAUAUACGCGCAAACGGUCGUUUUCCUUUUUUCCUUUUAUUUAAAUUGCUGGCGUUGUGCCCCAUCUUUCCUGUGAAUCUUUGGGCCUUUUAAGAUAGAGUAUAGCGGCCUAGAUUUUUGGCCCAUCAUUAGUGUAUUUCUCUUUUGCGUCUACCUCGCAAGUCAAUAUGGCGGACUCUGGAAUCCCGUUCACUUUACUCCCAGAUGAGUCCAAGAGAGGACGUCUGUUGGCCACCGCGACUCCUCUUUUUGCUAUCGCGUUACUUACGUAUAUUGGGCGUAUGUACACUCGAUUACAUCCGGUAGUGACCCUUCGAUGGGACGAUUUCGUCAUGUCGCUAUCGGUAGUUCUCACCAUCAUCCAUUAUGGUUUGAUAGUUCAUGCUACUAACCUUGGCGCUGGACGACAUUUCUACUACCUGCAGCUGCCGCAACUGGACGCUGCGGGGUGCAUCCUGUUUAUCAUGCAGAUGAUUUGGAUAUGGUGCAUCACGUUUGUGAAGUUCUCUGUUGCUCUCAUGUUAUACCGUACCCGAGAGGACAGGCCGUGGCGACUCUGGCUGUCGGGGUUCAUGGGCUUGCUUGUCGCUAUAGGCAUUGUAGUAAGUGCUCUACAACUGGGCCAGUGCAGGCCUAUACGCGCCUUUUGGAAUCCAUUCGUACCAGGAGCAAAGUGCUGGUCCAAAACUUUUGCUACAAAUGUGCUCCACGGUGCCUCUGCGUUCUUCCUGGCAACCGACCUCGUCUUAUCGCUGUUACCCUUGACAUUUAUUUUGAAGCUUCGCCGACCAAGACGUGACAAAAUCGUCAUUGGCUGCCUUAUGGGCCUCGGUCUCAUCGCCUCAGCAGCGUCCUUGGUCAAAAUACUUCGCACCAAUAUAAUGGCCACAUCCCAGGACCCGAUAUGGGACCUUCCCGACCUCGCACUAUGGGCAUGGAUUGAGCUAUAUCUCGGCAUAAUGGCAGCCUGCAUACCAUGCCUGAAGGCACCCUUCGAAAAGUUGCUGAAGAAGACGGGCCUCCUUACCACGGGAGACAGGAGUCAGCAGAGCACAAGAACUGGUAACCAAUCCAAGGGAUAUGUUUCUGUGGGCCCAAUCGAAAGCGGUUUGGGCCGGGGGAAGGAUACGGAAUUGGGGACAAUUGUAAAACAACACGAGGUGUACAUUGAAGAAUACAGUCAAAAGGAUGCGAACUAUCCACCGAGGGGCGUGUACCGCCACAAUGGCAUGGACAGCAGAUGGUAAAUUCGCACCAAAACGUCAAUUGGCUAAAACUUGCACGAAUUUGUAGAUUCUAAAGUAUCUUCCAGCUGGAACUAAGUUAGGUUUAGAAUACCAAGAAAUAUC